AUGUCCACAGGUGGCACAGCACAGCAAAAGACUUUGUGUAAUCCAUUAUGGCGGGGCGUCGAGGCAUUGGGGUGGGAAUUGUUUCGAGCUUCAGUUUCAGAUCCUGUUGAGGUGCCUUAUCUAAUGCCUUAUUUAUUGGCAUGCGAGGCUGCGAGCGAUGAAAAAGGCGUCAUAUACGUAUGUAUUUUAUGUAUGGCACGACAACUCAACGCCGCAGUGCAAAAUGCUGGGUUGCUGCGAAGGUGGGCUGGACGCUAA